GCGCCCGGAGCCCGGAGAUGGACGCGGCGGAGAAGCUGCGGUGGCGCUUCUGCGACGGCGGCGUCACCGAUCUACUCGACGCCCGCAGCCUCCACGGCCCCCCCGACGUUACUAAGAAAAUGCAGUUCCACUCUUCUCUAGUACAGAGGCUUGCUUUGGAGAAGGAGAUUGAGGGUCAUGAAGGUUGCGUGAAUGCUAUUGCAUGGAACUCAAAUGGCUCACUUCUGAUAUCAGGAUCAGAUGACACUAGAGUCAACAUCUGGCGCUAUGAUAAUCAAGAACUGUUGCACGAAAUUGAUACUGGCCAUUCCGCAAAUGUAUUUUGCACGAAAUUUGUCCCGGAAACAUCUGAUGAAGUAGUAGUUUCAGGAGCAGGAGAUGCUCAGGUUCGUGUUUUCAAUUUGUCUCGUUUAAGUGGCGUAAGGCCUAGGGAAAUUUUGAUGGAGCCAGCUGCACUUUACCAAUGUCACUCAAGGAGGGUCAAAAAACUAGCUGUCGAAGUUGGCAACCCUAAUGUUGUGUGGAGCGCAAGUGAGGACGGUACUCUAAGACAGCAUGAUCUUAGGGAGUGCAGUUCCUGUCCUCGUGCAGGAUCAGCUAACCAGGAAUGUCGUAAUGUGCUUCUAGAUCUACGAUGUGGAGCAAAGAAGUCUUUAGCUGAUCUCCCCAGACAACCUCUGGCGUUUAAGUCUUGUGAUAUUAGCUCUGUUCGUCCCCAUCAGCUCCUUGUUGGUGGGAGUGAUGCAUUUGCCCGGCUGUACGAUAGGAGAAUGCUUCCGCCAUUGAGUUCAUGUCAAACAGCAAGGAAGCCCCCUUGCAUUAAAAUGUUCUGUCCAUUGCACCUUGCUGAAACUAGGAAGUCAAAUUUGCACCUUACACAUGUUGCGUUCAGCCCAGAUGGGAAGGAGGUUCUUUUGAGUUACAGUGGUGAACAUGUAUAUCUGUUUGAUGUUGACCCAGACAACAUGAGUUCAGUGAGAUACACAGCAGAUGAUGUACGUGAUCAGUUAUGUUUACCGCCUUUCCACAAGGAACCGGCAACAAAAAAGUCAAGACGAAAUAAUUUUCCUGCAAAAGCAACUUCAAGAAAUUCAUCUAGGGUAGAUACUGUGAAGAAACUUAUGCAAUUUGCGAUAAAAUCUCUGGAGUCAGGCACCAACUUGAUGCAUGGGAUUGAAGCAUGCUGUGAAAUACUCGAGGCUAUGGAAUCUGAUAUCGAUGAUAGCUUCAUCUAUGAUUGCUUGUGUACCCGGGCAGGGUUGUACCUAAAGCGGAGGUGGAAAAAUGAUGUUUACAUGGCUAUUCGGGAUUGCAACAGAGCAAGGAAUAUUGACUUUACAUCAUUCCAGGCACACUUGUUCAUGGCCGAGGCACUGUUACAGCUGGGAAGACUGAAGGAGGCAUGUGAAUACGCCGAAGCCGCACGUAGUCUUGUUCCAUCAAAUUCGGUGUCGGCGAAACAAGUGGAAAAUAUAAAGGAGCGACUUGCUGCUGCUGAACACGAGAAAAACAAAAAAGAUCAAGGAAAUACUAACAAUGAUGCACGUCAUGGAAGGUUACGGUCACUGAGUGAUCUACUGUUUAGAGCGGAUGUUAGUGGGUCAUCAUCACAGGAAGGUCGAGAAGAUUCAGAUUACGACGAUGACAUGGAGUUAGACUUUGACACCUCAGUAUCGGGUGACGAAAGCCGUGAUAGUGAUCCAGGUGCUGCUCCAGGUAGUUUAAGUUUAAGAUUUCACCGGAGAGAGGAUGAACCUAAUGAACAGUCUGUUGAGAAUCGAUCGAUUGAGUCCACCAGUAAUGGUGAUUCUGCCUAUGAGCCAGAGGUUGCCAUUGAUAUGAAACAAAGAUAUGUUGCCCACUGCAACGUGGGGACAGAUAUAAAACAAGCUAGCUUUCUUGGUGAACGAGGCGAUUUUAUUGCGAGCGGAAGUGAUGAUGGUAGAUGGUUCAUAUGGGAAAAAAGAACAGGAAGGCUUAUCAAAAUGCUUGCAGGAGAUGGAUCUGUUGUGAACUGUAUACAGUCUCAUCCCCAUGAUUGUGCUGUUGCAACAAGUGGAAUUGACAAUACAAUAAAGUUGUGGACACCGGAUGCAGAAGCUACAUGUAUGGUUGCUGGACCAGAAAUUGAUGUGUUAAGUGCCAUAGAGAACAAUCAGAAGAAGUUAUCCCGCAACCGUGAACUUUUCUUGCCUUUUGAGUACUUGGAACGAUUUAGGAUGCAUGAAUUUGCGGAAGGAAGCUUACAUCCUUUAGAGUGUGCGCAGACUUGAUUUACUUUGGUUUAGACACCUGAGAUUUUCAGGGGAAAGGGCAAUACAGGGACAUUUCAUCCAAGAUACAAGCAGCCAAUGUUUAGAUAAAAAUGGAAUUGCAAAGCCUUGUUGCAAUAGUAGGCAAUGUUGUGCACACAUGCUUAGAUGGUAAUGCAGGUGUGCUGAUAUUGAAGUUGUUGCUCGUGCUGUGAAUAAACAUUGCAAUGAUGUUGGUUGGUAUGCGACGUGGAUCCAUUCACGUGUACAGAUUGUGGGAAGGCGAAGUCUUGUGCAUAUGUAUAUGCUGGUAUAAAACAUUGGCUGAACAGUUCUGUUAUUUGUUAGUCCGUAGGGCAAGUUGCUACUCGGUUGCUACGUUGGGCAAGUGUCUUUGUCCGUGGAUUAUACAAGUGAGACAUCGGGUACAAGCUGCAAUGUAGACGUACAGCUAUGAACCAUAUUGUGGUUUUGCAUACCCAUUUGGCCCACAUGACUGUUU